CGAAAUUGCAUGUUAUCACUACCGUGGCUCAAGACAGGCAGCCCCUUUAUAGGUCCCUGGAUGUUCUCCAAGGCCCAGAGGUUUUGGCAGCUUUAAGAAAGAAGACAUGGCCCGGGGCCCAGACAACAACCUGCAGAGGUGGGCAGGCCUGAUGGUGCUGGCUGCCCUGGGCACAGCUGUGACAGCGACCACCAACCCUGGCAUCGUGGCCAGGAUCACCCAGAAGGGCCUGGACUAUGCCUGUCAGCAGGGAGUGGCUGUGCUGAAGAAGGAGUUGGAGAAGAUCAAGAUUCCGGAUUUCUCAGGAAGCUUUAAGGUCAAGGUUAUUGGUAAAGGGCAGUAUAACUUCUACAGCAUGUUUAUCCGUGAAUUCCAGCUUCCCAGUUCCCAGAUAAAAUUGUUGCCCAAUGUGGGCCUUCGUCUUAUCAUCGAAAACGCCAGUAUCAAGAUCAGUGGAAAGUGGAAGGCAAAAAAGAAUUUCAUCAAAGCCAGCGGUAACUUUGACCUGAGCUUGGAGGGAAUCUCCAUUCUGUCUGCUCUGAAGCUGAGCUGCAACGCCACCACAGGCCACUCCACCAUCUUGUGUGACAGCUGCAGCAGCCACGUCAACAGCGCCCACAUACACAUUUCGGGCAGCAGCCUGGGGUGGCUGAUCCAACUCUUCCACAAAAAAAUCGAGUCCUCGCUCCGAAAUGCCAUGUCCAGCAAGAUCUGCGAGGUUGUGAGAAACUCUGUGACCUCUAAACUGCAAAGUUUUCUCCAGACACUGCCAGUGACAGCCAAGCUAGACAAUGUGGCCGGGGUCGAUUACUCAUUGCUGGCACCUCCAACAGUCACGGCUGAGAUCCUGGAUGUGCAGUUGAAGGGAGAGUUUUUUCGCCUGGGCCAGCGCAGACCCCCACCCUUUGCCCCACCGGCGCUGACCUUCCCCAGUGACCACGACCGCAUGGUGUACCUGGGCAUCUCCGACUACUUCUUCAACACAGCAUGGCUCGUGUACCAACAGGCUGGAGUCCUGCACCUGACGGUCAAGGAUGACAUGAUUCCAAAAGAAUCCAAAAUCCAGCUGACGACCCAGUUCUUUGGAACCCUCAUACCGCAGGUGGCCAAGAUGUUCCCCAACAUGAAGAUGCAGCUGUUCAUGUCGGUCUCCUCCCCACCCUACCUCACUGUGCACCCUGCCGGCAUGGACCUCAGCCCUGCCCUGGACACCCAGGCCUUUGCUGUCCUCCCCAACUCCACCCUGGCCCCCCUCUUCCUGCUUGGUGUGAGCACAAACAUUUCUGUGAAGGUUGACAUCAAGUCCAAAAGGAUUAUUGGAGAGCUCAAGAUGGACAAGCUGCUCCUACAGCUGAAGCACUCUGACAUUGGCUCCUUCUCGGUUGAAAGCCUGCAGAAUGUCAUGAACUUUCUUUUGCCCACUGUUGUGCUUCCCAAGGUUAAUGCGAGGCUGCAGCAAGGCUUCCCGCUCCCCAUGCCUGCCCAUGUCCAGCUGCUCAACCUGCUGCUUCAGUCUCACCAGGACUUCCUGCUGGUUGGUGCAGACGUUGACUACAGCUGAAGUGGCCUGGCGGUGGCUGUCGGCCGCCCAGGGGAGGGGGUGGAGCACCCACCUUUCCUCAGCCACCCUGCUCUCGCUCUUGACCCAGAAUCCCUUGAAGACUCUUCUGCAUUCAGGUUCAAAAAUGAUCUAAACACGCGAAACUUGCUCCCUGGAAAAGUGGGGGUGCGAAGCCCUGGAUGUCUUCCGAGCGCUCCAGCUGCAUGCACAUUUCUAGGAAUUGUGUUUCCAUUGUAAGCACAAUACUUCUUUUUGUGACAUACACACAGCAACCUUUGUUUUUC